AAUAGUCUUAUCUGGUUGAAUGGGAUUUGUUCAUGCAGCUUAUAAAGUGGAUUUAAAGUUUGAGCAGAUACAGAGAAUCCAAGCUUCUACUUAUGACGAUGAUCAAACAGAUCUUGUGCGUUUUGCUCCUGGUGGUCCUGAUUCAUGGAAUGAUACGGAUUCCUCUGAAAAGGCAGACAUCUCUCAGAAAAAUCCUGAAAGAAAGAGGAGAGCUACCACUAUGGGACUUACAACAAUUCAAUUUGGCCAAGUAUUGUUUGUCAUGUAACAACUCAGAGAUCAUCGAUGAGCCCCUUUUUAACUUCUUUGAUGUGGAAUAUUUUGGAGAGAUCUCCAUUGGUUCCCCUCCUCAGAACUUCCUGGUUGUGUUUGACACUGGCUCAUCCAACUUAUGGGUUCCAUCUAUAAAUUGCCAAAGUCUAGCAUGUGUUACACACUCCAGAUACCAGUCCAGCAAGUCACGCACCUACGUUCCUAAUGGAUCUUUAUUCUUCAUCCAGUAUGGCACGGGCAAUGUCACUUGCGAAAUAGCGGUCGAUCAGGUUACGAUUCAAGAUAUCACAGUGCGCAAUCAACCAUUUGGUGAGAGUAUAUUAGAACCAGGAAAUGCCUUUGUGAAUAUGCCUUUUGAUGGGAUCUUGGGUCUCGCAUAUCCCUCUCUGGCAGCAGGCGGUUGCACUCCUGUGUUUGAUAACAUGAUUAAUCAGCAUUUAGUGGAAAGCCCAGUAUUUGCUUUCUAUCUCAGCAGUGAUCCUAACUUAUCUAAUGGAGGGGAGCUGACAUUUGGAGGUAUUGACACAUCUCUCUUUACUGGACAACUGAACUGGGUACCUGUCACUUACCAGGGCUAUUGGCAGAUACAACUAGACAACAUACAGGUGGCAAAUGAGAUUGCACUCUGCAGUGAAGGAUGUCAGGCCAUAUUAGACACUGGUACCUCCAUGCUUAUUGGUCCUACUUCUGCAAUUGCUCUGCUUUUGAAUCUUACUGGACUCGGAGACAUAGAUUUUAAUGGAGAGUAUGAAUUUGAUUGCUACUACUUGUGUAUGUUGGCCAGUGUGACUUUUACUAUUAAUGAAAUCGGGUACACACUAUCACCUGCGGAAUAUACAGUGAAUAAUGGCAAUGGAUCCUGUAGCAGUGGUUUCCAGGGCCUGGAUAUUCCAUCUUCAAAUGGGCCUCUGUGGAUUCUUGGCGAUGUUUUUAUUCGACAAUAUUAUUCUGUAUUUGAUCGAGGUAAUAACAGAGUGGGACUUGCUCCUGUGGCACCUACACUACCUACAAUAUCCCCUUCUAUAGCCCCUUCUACAGCCCAUUCUAUAGCUUCUUCUACAGCCCAUUCUAUAGCUUCUUCUACAGCCCGCUCUACAGCCCAUUCUAUAGUUUCUUCUACAGCCCCUUCUACAGCCCUAUUUACAGCCACUUCAAUUGCCCCUUCCAUAGCCCCUUAUACAGUGCCUUCUACAGCCCCUUCCAUAGCCCCUGCAACAAGCGGUGCAAGAUCCAGUUAUCGAUUCUUCUAGCUCUUACACUAGGCAAUAAAAAUGUAUUUCUUUUUUUAGAACUCUUAAACAUUUUUUUUUUCUCAAAACCUGUACCUUUUUUCACUUGACCCAUUGGUAUAAUCAUUUUUUUUUUUUUUUUUACAGUCUGCUUUAUUGUCAAUUUCUUUUUAAAAAGGGUGUAAAAUUAGAGAUUUUUUUUCAUUUCAAUGUAUCACUAGAAAAACCAUUGCACAGGAUAACAGAAACAAAGUACUGUAAAUCAACAGAAGAAACAGUAAGCGGGCAUCAAACACAGAUUACUACUUAAGAAUGAGUAGGAUGUGUUAGUGGAAGCAGUUCUUCGUGAUAAAUUGAGUGAAAAAGCAGGCUGUAUAAUAAAUUGGUCUCUAAGGACUAUAGGGCAAGAUAGGCAUACUAAUGAAAUACUAAUAGGAAUAAUACAUUCUGAAAUGAUUAAAUAAGAUUGCAGGGGAGCUUAGUGGAUAUUGAGCAUAGGUUUGUGAGCUGAGGCACUUAUGGUUUUGGGCUAUGCAGCAUCGUGGGCAUAAUAAAUUGGGAAAAUAGAGGGGUGGAGCUUGCUCUUGACCUAAACAGUUGCAUGCCCGCAGUGAUCUGUCUAAACAGUACAACAUGGCACAAAUUAGAGCUAUAUCAAAAGCACUUUUGGCAAUGUUGAAGCCUGAAAAUACUUAUUUAUAUAUGGUUAGAAAGACCAAGAAACCAAACCAAAGCAGAGCAGACCACAGGCUGAGGUUGUUGGAUGAGGGGGUAUUCGAGAGCAAAUGAUAAGAGGUGGUGAUCAGAGAGGGUAAAUAGAGUCUUGCAGAUAUUAGACACUGUACACGCAUAAGAGAAAAUGAGGUCGAGGGUAUUGCCAGCUACAUGGUUGGGAGUAUUAGUCCACUGCGAAAGCCCAAGGGAGGAAGUAAUUGAAAGUAGUUUAGAAGCUGCGGAGGUCGGGGGUGGGUUAAUGGGAAUGUUGAAGUCCCCGAGAAUAAGGGAUGGUAUGUUAGAGGAGGGAAAGUAGGGUAGCCAGGCAGCAAAGUGGUCAAGGAAGAGGAGAGGGGAACCAGGGAGGUGAUAAAUAAUGGCAAUGUUAGCAGAGAAGGGUUUUUAAAGGCGAAUCGAAUGGAUUUCAAAUGAUGAGAAAGAGAGGGAAGGAGGGUGGGUAGAGGUUUGAAGGAGCAGUAAGGCGAGAGUGGAAACCCUACACCACACCUUUAUUUAUCUACCUAUGUAUAUGUUUUAUUGCAUUAUGCUAU